AUGUCUCGAGGAUCCCGGCUGGACUCCCAGUCCAAGCCCUUUGCUUGGACUACCGUCUUUUACCUUCUUUUGGUAUUUAUCGCUCCUCUGGCACUUCUGGGAACUGCCCAUGCCUCCGAGGAGCAAAAUGUUUCUGAGAGCUACGGCACUGUCAUCGGUAUCGAUUUGGGUACAACAUACUCCUGCGUCGGUGUGAUGCAGAAUGGCAAAGUGGAAAUUCUGGUCAACGACCAAGGAAACCGUAUCACCCCAUCAUACGUGGCCUUCACAGACGAGGAGCGCUUGAUCGGUGACGCCGCAAAGAACCAGUAUGCCUCCAACCCGACGAGGACGAUCUUCGAUAUUAAGCGUUUGAUCGGUCGCAAAUUUGACGAUAAGGAUGUUCAGAAGGAUCUGAAGAGUUUCCCCUUUAAGGUUGCCCAGAAAGAUGGCAAGCCCGUGGUCAAAGUCGAUGUCAACCAGACCCCAAAGACCUUCACCCCCGAAGAAGUCUCCGCUAUGGUCUUGACCAAGAUGCGCGAGAUCGCGGAAAGCUACCUCGGCAAGACUGUUACACACGCUGUCGUUACCGUUCCCGCCUACUUCAACGACGCCCAACGCCAGGCUACCAAGGACGCUGGUACUAUCGCUGGCUUGAACAUCCUCCGUGUCGUCAACGAACCUACCGCCGCCGCUAUCGCCUACGGUCUGGACAAAACUGGUGACGAGCGCCAGAUCAUUGUCUACGAUCUUGGUGGUGGUACUUUCGAUGUUUCUCUUCUAUCCAUCGAUGAAGGCGUUUUUGAAGUCUUGGCUACCGCUGGUGACACCCACUUGGGCGGUGAAGAUUUCGAUCACCGUGUCAUGGAUCACUUUGUUAAGCUGUAUAACAAGAAGAACAACGUCGAUAUCACCAAGGAUCUGAAGACCAUGGGUAAAUUGAAGCGCGAGGUUGAGAAGGCUAAGCGUACUCUGUCUUCUCAGAUGUCCACCCGUAUCGAAAUCGAAGCGUUCCAUGAGGGCAAGGACUUCUCUGAGACCCUCACCCGCGCCAAAUUCGAGGAGUUGAACAUGGAUCUUUUCAAGCGCACCCUGAAGCCCGUUGAACAAGUUCUUAAGGAUGCCAAGGUCAAGAAGAGCGACAUUAAUGACAUUGUUCUUGUUGGUGGUUCUACUCGUAUCCCCAAGGUUCAGUCUCUUCUUGAGGAAUUCUUCAACGGCAAGAAGGCUAGCAAGGGUAUUAAUCCAGAUGAGGCCGUCGCUUUCGGUGCUGCCGUCCAGGGAGGAAUUCUCUCCGGAGAGGAAGGUUCUGAGGGCCUUGUUCUUAUGGAUGUCAACCCUCUUACCCUGGGUAUCGAGACCACUGGUGGUGUGAUGACCAAGCUGAUUCCUCGUAACACUGUCAUCCCAACCCACAAGUCUCAAACCUUCUCUACCGCCGCCGAUAAUCAACCUACUGUCCUGAUCCAAGUCUACGAAGGAGAACGCUCUAUGACAAAGGACAACAACCUCCUGGGUAAAUUCGAGCUUACCGGAAUUCCUCCAGCUCCUCGUGGCGUUCCUCAGAUCGAUGUUUCCUUCGAUCUUGAUGCCAACGGCAUUCUCAAGGUCAGCGCCUCUGACAAAGGCACUGGCAAGGCUGAGUCUAUCACCAUCACCAACGACAAGGGCCGACUUACCCCUGAAGAGAUCGACCGCAUGGUCGCCGAGGCUGAGGAAUUUGCCGAGGAAGACAAGGCUGCUCGUGGCAAGAUUGAGGCCCGUAACGCACUCGAGAACUACGCUUUCAGCCUUAAGAACCAGGCCAACGACGAAGACGGCCUUGGUGGCAAGCUUGAUGAGGACGACAAGGAAACUAUUCUGGAAGCUGUCAAGGAAGCCACUGACUGGCUCGAGGAAUACGGCGCCAGUGCUUCGAUGGAAGAUUUUGAAGAGCAACGUGAGAAGUUGUCUAGCGCUGCUUACCCGAUCACCAGCAAGUUGUAUGGCGCCGGCGCUGCUCCUGAUGAGGAUGACGAGCCCAGCGGCCACGAUGAGCUGUAG